GUUCCCAGUGUGUCACCCCUGGGCGAACUCCGAGGCCUGCCCACUACCUCCCGGCAGGGGCGGCUCUCCCAGCGCAGUAUGCGGCUGCUCUGGCCUGGGAAGAGUGACAGGGAGCAGCGCUCCGGCCCGUCCCCUCCUCGUCCGCCCGCUCCGCCCCAUUCUUUCCCGGGAGCCCACCCGAGCCCGGGCGCGGCAAGGCGGAGCGGCCUUGGUGCUCGCCAGUUCCCGUUCCCCGAUCGCGAGCCGCAGUGCCCACCCUGCCCUCCAGCUGCUGCCGUCCCCUCCGGAUCCGCGACCCUAGUCCCCGGAUGCCCACACUGCGGGCCCCCGAGCUCCCGGGCCACCAGAGCCAGCGUUCUGUCAAUUUGGGUCAGCAAUGAACGGCAGGAUCCUGGACGGUGGCCCUGAAGCCUGAGUGCCUGUCUGUCAGGGUGACACAUGUGGUUAAAGAUGAAUUUGAGAAAAGUAGCUGCUGCCUUCUGGAACGAUGGAAAAGCAGGGCCAUCAUGAGAUGGAAGCCAUCCCAGUGGGCUGUCACUCCUACAUUAAACUGUUGAAGAUCAACAGGGAACAUCUGGUCACCAACAUCCGAAACACUCAGUGUCUGCUGGACAACUUGCUGAAGAAUGGCUACUUCUCAGCUGAAGAUGCAGAGAUCGUGUGUGCUUGUCCCACCAAGCCUGACAAGGUCCGAAAAAUUCUUGACCUGGUGCAGAGCAAAGGUGAAGAGGUGUCCGAGUUCUUCCUCUAUGUGCUCCAGCAGCUCAAGGACGCUUAUGUGGACCUCAGGCUGUGGUUAUCAGAGGUCGGUUUCUCUCCUUCCCAGCUCAUUCGGAGCAAAACCAUCGUCAAUACUGACCCAGUGAGCAGGUACACCCAGCAGCUGCGACACCAACUAGGCCGGGACUCCAAGUUCAUGAUGUGCUACGCCCAAAAAGAGGACCUGCUGCUGGAGGAGACCUACAUGGACACACUCAUGGAGCUAGUGGGCUUCAACAACGAAAACCUGGGCAGCCUGGGAGGCCUGGACUGCCUGCUGGACCACAGCACCGGCAUCCUCAACGAGCAUGGCGAGACUGUCUUCGUGUUUGGGGAUGCAGGAGUGGGCAAGUCCAUGCUGCUGCAGCGGCUGCAGAGCCUCUGGGCGUCCGGCAGGCUGGCAUCCACAGCCAAGUUCUUCUUCCACUUCCGCUGCCGCAUGUUCAGCUGCUUCAAGGAGAGUGACACAAUGAGUCUGCAGGACCUGCUCUUCAAGCACUUCUGCUAUCCGGAGCAGGACCCGGAGGAGGUGUUUUCCUUCCUGCUACGCUUUCCCCACACCGCGCUCUUCACUUUCGAUGGCCUGGAUGAGCUGCACUCGGACUUUGACCUAAGCCGUGUGCCGGACAGCUGCUGCCCCUGGGAGCCGGCACACCCGUUGGUCCUACUGGCCAACCUUCUAAGUGGGAGGCUGCUCAAGGGAGCCGGCAAGCUGCUCACUGCCCGUACAGGCGUGGAGGUCCCCCGCCAGCUCCUGCGCAAAAAGGUGCUGCUCCGGGGCUUCUCCCCGGGCCACCUGCGCGCCUAUGCCCGCAGGAUGUUCCCCGAGCGCAUAGCUCAUGAGCAUCUGCUGCAGCAGCUAGAUGCCAACCCCAACCUCUGCAGCCUGUGCGCGGUGCCGCUCUUCUGCUGGAUCAUCUUCCGCUGCUUCCAGCAUUUCCACACGGCCUUUGAGGGCUCCUCCCAGCUGCCAGACUGUGCCGUGACCCUAACCGAUGUCUUCCUGCUGGUCACUGAGGUGCAUUUGAACAGGACGCAACCCAGCAGCCUGGUGCAGCGCAAUACCCGCAGCCCGGCAGAGACACUGCGUGCAGGCUGGCGCACGCUGCACGCACUGGGCCAGGUGGCGCACCAAGGCACCGACAAGAGUCUCUUUGUGUUCGGCCAGGAGGAGGUGCAGAAGUCGAAGCUGCAGGAGGGGGAUCUGCAGCUGGGCUUCCUGCGGCCUCUGCCCGACGUGGGUCCUGAGCAGGGCCAGCAGUCCUAUGAGUUUUUCCAUCUCACGCUCCAGGCUUUCUUCACUGCCUUCUUCCUGGUGGCAGAUGACAAAGUGGGCACCCGGGAGUUGUUGAGGUUCUUUCGAGAGUGGACGUCUCCUGGGGAGACAUCAAGCACAUCCUGUUAUCCUUCCUUCUUCUCCUUUCAGUGCCUGGGUGGCGGUAGCCGGUUGGGCCCUGAUCCUUUCAGGAACAAAGACCACUUCCAGUUCACCAACCUCUUUCUGUGCGGUCUGCUGGCCAAAGCCAGGCAGAAACUCCUUAGGCAGCUGGUGCCCAAGGCUACCCUGAGGAGGAAGCGCAAGGCCCUGUGGGCUCACCUGUUCGCCAGCCUGCGCUCCUACCUGAAGAGUCUGCCCCGAGUCCAGAGCGGAGGCUUUAAUCAGGUGCAUGCCAUGCCCACAUUCCUGUGGAUGCUGCGCUGCAUCUAUGAGACACAGAGCCAGAAGGUGGGGCGCCUAGCCGCUAGGGGCAUCAGUGCCGACUACCUCAAGCUGGCCUUCUGCAACGCUUGCUCUGCCGACUGCAGCGCCCUGUCUUUUGUCCUGCACCACUUCCAUAGGCAGCUGGCCCUGGAUCUGGACAACAACAACCUCAAUGACUAUGGAGUGCAGGAGCUGCAGCCUUGCUUCAGCCGCCUCACGGUUAUCAGACUCAGUGUCAAUCAGAUCACAGACACAGGGGCGAAGGUGUUGUGUGAAGGACUGACCAAGUACAGAAUCGUGACAUUCCUGGGCUUGUACAACAAUCAGAUCACUGAUAUCGGAGCCAGGUAUGUGGCCCAAAUCCUGGAUGAAUGCAGAAGCCUCACGCACCUUAAACUGGGAAAAAACAAAAUAACAAGUGAAGGUGGCAAGUGUGUGGCUCUGGCUGUGAAGAACAGCACCUCCAUCAUUGAUGUUGGGAUGUGGGGCAAUCAGAUUGGGGAUGAAGGGGCAAAGGCCUUCGCAGAGGCAUUGAGGGAUCACCGCAGCCUGACCAACCUCAGUCUUGCAUCCAACGACAUCUCUCCAGAGGGAGGGAAGAGCCUCGCGCAGGCCCUGAAACAGAACACCUCUCUGACAAUAUUCUGGCUGACAAAAAAUGAACUUAAUGAUGAGGCAGCAGAGUGCUUCGCAGAGAUGCUGAAAGUCAACCAGACGCUGAAGCAUCUGUGGCUUAUUCAGAAUCAUAUCACAGCCAAGGGGACAGCCCAACUGGCUGAGGCAUUGCAGAAGAACACCACCAUAACAGAGAUCUGUCUCAAUGGAAACUUAAUUAAGCCCGAGGAGGCCAAAGACUUUGAAAAUGAGAAGCGAAUCAUCUGUUUCUGAUAGACAUUCCUGCCCCGGAUCUUUGACCUAGGUUGCUUCUCAGUCACAGACUGCACUGUGUCGUCAGCAGGGACAUGGGAUGCUGUGCAGGGCCUGCAGCAAGGGGACUGUCAGGAGCCCUCUCCUGCAGAUGCUUGGAAUGGUAGCUCCCUAGCUGUGGCCGGGACUCUGCAGAAGUGUCUCAGGAGCUGCUGUCAUCAUUCAAAACCAGCCAGGCAUUGUCUGUACGAAGAGACUUCCCUGUAUAUCCAUAAUGAUGUCUGAAGAUGGAAGAAUAAGAAGCAGAGGGAGCCGAGCUCAGGUCCCACAGAUGCUUGCUUGAAGGGUUCAUGGGACCGAUGUCACCUUCAGGAAAGAGCAGGGAACUUGGGCAGAGCCGGCAGCCAUGUUUUAGAAAAAGGCACCUAGUGACCAUACAAUUAUCUUGAAAUCUCCUUCCUCUCCUCAGUAUCCCUGGUCCCCACCGUACAGAUGUGUUUUUUCCUCGCAGCUGUAGGUCCACUGUGGAGAGGACUCAUCCAAGGACCCACCGCAAGCUGGUAGUCAAGGGCUCAUCACAGACUUCGGUUUCAGUUUUAAGGGCUCAUCACAGACUUUGGUUUCAGUUCUGGAUUCUCCCUGGCUGCAAAUGAGAGUCAGAGGCCACCCUCUAAAUCAGUCUCAGAGGAACUCUAUGCCUUAAGGGGACUGAGGUUCUACCCAGAAUUUUUUCCCAUCUCUACUUGCCCCAGGAGGAAGCAUCAGUUCCCAUCUGCCAGCCACAGCAGCAUGGCUUGUCUCAACGGUCCUGAGAUCCCAAGCAAAACUCUCUCCCUGCCCGUGAGCAGGAAGUAUCUUCAUGCGCUCAGCAGUUCGAGGGUAACUGAGCAUAACCAAGACUCAGGGAGCUGGCUGAGAGCCCCACCAGUAGAGUAUGGCAGAUACCCACCACUAUGGUGGGUAUGUGGGGACGCCCAGCAGGGUGGGGUGGUUGGGGCUGUUGUUGCCAGAUAGCACGUUCUUUUGCCACCACAUUUGUUAAUAAAAUACUGAAAAUGCUCACUAUUU